UCGAUUCAUGGCGCUGUAGCUCUUUCCGACUGACGUACAGAGACUCUUGAGAUGCUCUGCUGCUCUUGACCGGGACUCAUUUCUAGCUCUGUUGCACUUCUCACCACACCCUGGAGCGGCGUCAGGGGUGCAGCAACACUCAACACUAAUCAACCAUCACCAACAGUCCUCGAGACGCCAAAUUGCACAACCGUCUCCCCCGAACGCAUAGAGAGAGUGCGCAAGACAGGCUUCCCAUGCUACCAGCUCGUUUCAAAGCCACCGAAACACCCGAUCAACGCGCCCGUCGCAUCCUAGAACUCGAGUACAAAAUCACGGCCUUACGACAACAAGUCGAACACAGUACGCAACGACUCGAGCAAGUCUGCGCAACGCUACCAAUUGAGACACUCAUUUCUUCACCUGCCGUACGACGUGCGUCGGCACGAGAACAAGCGAGAUUGGGGGAACGUGAGGAAUCGUUACUUGCUGCGAGUACGAGGAGUGAGACGAGUUUGAGUAGUACUGAAGAGACGGUUGAGGCAUGCAAGGGAGUGGUCAAGGGACAUAUUGAUCGUUUGCAUCAGUACAAUGAGAUGCGUGACUUUGGAUGUGGUAAGUUCUUUUUGUUCUUGGCGAGCAGAGUUGGACAGGGUUGAAGCAAGGCUGACACGCAUAGUCCUCAUCACGAAGCUUGCGGCAGAUCAAGGAUGCACCAUGGCUGAAGUCAU